AAAAAGUGUUUUUCCAUUCAUCUUCUUCUCCCCCCCCUCUCUCACUGUGAUUUCUCUCUCCACCGGCCCGACGACCCGGCGACUGCUUUUCUUUCGUCUUCAUUCACCAACUCUUUAUUUCUUGACGCCAAAAGUUCUUGACUUUCUAUUUGUGUUCCUGUGUGCUGAUUGAUGAAAGAAAAACACAUCAAAAUGCGAGUGUGAAGUCAAAGGCAGAGGAUAAGAGCUGAUGAUAAAUGGCUUUUCACGACCAUCUACCUCAAGAACUGGCUUUUCAGCCUUUCACGGACGAGCAACAGUUAAGUCAAAACAGGGACAUGCAGAGGAUGAUGCCGUUCUCAGCCGCCGCUGCAGGGGGAGGACCGGCCCCGACAUGGCUGGUGAAUAGCGCUGGAUCUCUCCGGCAGCAGAAUUUCCUCCACUUGCAGCCCGACUCGGCCGAUGAUGUUCGGGGGAGUAUGAUGACGUCGGACAGGAGCAACGAUCGCGAGGGCGGCGAUCGGAGCCGGGCCGACGGCAAUUGUGAAUCUGAGGAUUUGGCAGAAUACAAAGCUGACAUUUUGGGACAUCCCCUUUACGACCAGCUCUUGUCGGCUCAUGUGUCGUGUUUAAGGAUUGCCACUCCGGUGGACCAGCUUCCUAGGAUCGACGCUCAGCUUCAACAGUCACAGCGCGUGCUUGAAAAAUACUCUGGUCUCGGAAAUGGGGUCGUCGACGAGAAGGAGCUUGACCAGUUCAUGACGCAUUAUGUUCUAUUGCUCUGUGCUUUCAAAGAACAACUGCAACAACAUGUCCGAGUUCAUGCCAUGGAAGCAGUGAUGGCUUGUUGGGAGCUUGAGCAGUCUCUUCAGAGCUUGACUGGUGUGUCUCCGGGAGAAGGGACAGGAGCAACAAUGUCGGACGAUGAAGAUGAGCAGGUUGAGAGUAAUGCUAACCUUUACGAAGGUGGUCUUGAUGGAGCUGACAGCCUCGGAUUUGGUCCUCUUGUUCCCACUGAAACUGAAAGAUCUUUGAUGGAGCGUGUGAGACUGGAGUUGAAGCAUGAAUUAAAGCAGGGUUACAAGGAGAAGAUUGUGGACAUACGUGAGGAGAUUCUGAGAAAGAGGCGUGCCGGGAAGCUGCCCGGGGACACAACCUCGCUUUUGAAAGCUUGGUGGCAAUCACAUUCCAAAUGGCCUUAUCCUACUGAGGAAGACAAAGCAAGGUUGGUUCAAGAAACAGGCUUGCAAUUAAAGCAAAUAAAUAACUGGUUUAUUAAUCAAAGGAAAAGGAACUGGCACACUAAUCCCUCAUCAUCUAGCUCCUCUAAAAGCAAGCGCAAGAGUAAUGCAGGAGAAACCAGUAACCAGAGCUUCAUGUGAAGGAAUGAAAAUAUUUUGAAGAUAUAUAAUUGUUCGUUAGGAUUGAUGGGAUGCGUUUGAGAUGGAGUAGUCAGCAAGAACCUGAGACGAUGAAGAUAUGAUUCUGGGAAUGAAGGGGAAUUCAAUGAUAAAAUAUUAUAUUUAACCCAAAAUCUAAUACUAUUUACAGAAAGCAUCAGUGAUUGUUGUAUAUGAGGCUGCUACUCGAUACCUGAUAUAAUAUGGUACAAGCUUGCACAUCCUAUUCCAUUCGAUGGGUAUCUUUGGAGAAGCAUGCUGAUACCUGCAUGUUGUUUUUACUGUGUUACACACGAAAUUUGGGGUAAAAAAGAAACUUUUUCGCUGCAA